UUCCCAACAACAGAGACAAAACCCAGAAACGCCUAGAGGGAAAGAGAAAGGGAAAGAGGCAAAGAUCACUCCUUUUCUUGAUUCUAGAGAGAGGGAGACCAAAAAACCCAGAAAGAUUCUUCAUUUUCUAUGAAUUGGGUACUCCAAAGGUUUGCCCUUUAGGCCUCUUGAGGGGUUAUUAACUGAUUUUGGCUUUCUGGGUUUUUGAGUGGUUAUGAGGAAAACAAUGGGUAGGGGGAAGAUUGAGAUCAAGAAGAUUGAGAACAUUAACAGCAGACAAGUCACAUUUUCAAAGAGGCGUGGUGGGUUACUCAAAAAAGCUCAGGAAUUGGCUAUUCUCUGUGAUGCUGAGGUUGCUGUCAUCGUCUUCUCUAACACUGGCAAGCUUUUUGAGUUUUCCAGUGCUGGUAUGAAGCGAACUAUUGCAAGAUACAACAAGUGCUAUGAGUCUUCAGAGACUGCUCCUGUUGAAUCAAGGGCAGAGGAGGAACACCCUAAGGAAGUGGAUGUCCUAAAAGAUGAACUUGAGAAGCUCCAAUCAAAACAACUGCGUCUGUUGGGCAAUGACUUAUCUAGUUUGAGCUUGAAAGAAUUGCAGAAACUAGAAGAUCAAUUAGCUGAAGGAUUAUUUUCGGUGAAGGAGAAAAAGGAAAAAUUACUGAUGGAGCAACUAGAGCAAUCAAGAGUACAGGAACAGCGUGCUAUAGUGGAGAAUGAAACCUUGCGCAAACAGAUUGAGGAGCUUCGCCGUUUAUAUCCCCAGGCUGCUCAUGCAGUUCCAUCUUAUCUUGAGUAUUAUCCUGUUCAAAAACAGAACUCCCCUGUGAACCAUGGUGCCAAAAGUCCCGAUUUGGUCAGCAAUUUCGCCUUUGACAACGGAGAUUCUGACACCACUUUACAAUUAGGGCUGCCAAGCGAGACUUAUCGCAAGAGGAAGGCUCCAGAAAGGGAAAGCCACUCAAAUGACUCAGGGAGCCAACUAGGCCUGUAAUGGUUCCCAAGUUUCUCUUUGCCAUAGAAUCAACAGGUUCUGGAGAGUUAAUACAGUUGAGUCUAGCUUAGCAGCGUUUGUUGAAAGUGCAGUAAGUAACCUGUAAAAGGAGAGUAGAAUCCCUAGGUGGCCCCAAAAUCAUAGAAGUUGAUUCGGUUGGUGAAGACGAAGUUUGUCUAGUUAGAUUUACUAGCUUUUUUAGUAAUCCAAGUCUAGAAAAAGGAAAAUGUAUUUUGGUAAUUGCUCUUGCACAUUGUAGCUACCUUUCCUUGGUUUGAUGAGGUCUCUUGUGUACCUAGAGUACUUUUAGAAGUUGCCUAAAUGUCUGCCAUGGUUUUUAAAGGUGAAAGGUUCAACUUAUUUU